GAAGGCGGACCAGUAGAACAGCUAUAACGGAACAGAAACGCGGCGGAAAGUUCCAGCUUUAAAUUGAACCACACAUAAGGCUCGUGGUGUGCCUGAGUUUGUCGGAAGGACUUGAAAUCGUACGCGGGACGCACAGCGCUGUGGCAGGGGCGUGUCCGCCAUCUUGUCUAUGAAGUGGCGCCUAAACAGCAGCUCCGGCCGUACAAGAUGGCAGUUAAUGACUGCACUUAAACGUUGCACGACUCUCACUUAGUGCUUUAAAGUCACGUUUGUCUCUUUCGGCUCUGCUGUGGGCUGGUUUCGACGGCCAAUGAUUCCGUCUCUCCCGGCAGAUAUCGGGAGCUCCAGUCGCAGCCUUUUGUUGUCCUCCCCCCUUUCCCUCCUUCGCCGCCUCCUCCGUGUUUGUUUAGGGCUUCUGCCCUGCGCAUGCGUGUAACCAUGGCGCUCAUUUCUGGACCCGAGAAGGAAAACAAGCAGGAUUGAUCGAAUGUCUUCACUCGGCGUUUUGAAAUGACCACGUCUGAGCUUUCACGGAGACAUUUGUCUUCCUGGCAGAUCCAUGUCAUUCUGACAAGCAGUUGAGAUGUCCAAUGACAGCCAAGGAACGGUUAAGGGGGAGGCGGCCAUAGUGCAUUCUCCCACUGUCUCCGCCUCCUCGCAAGGACCGCCCCUUUCUCCCACCACCUCAAAACCACCUGAGCUUCCAGAUGAGCUCAUUCAAGCUGGCUGGUCCAAGUGCUGGUCUCGGCGGGAAAACCGACCAUAUUAUUUCAACCGGUUUACCAAUCAGAGCUUGUGGGAGGUGCCAGUGCUGGGUCAGCAUGAUGUCAUUUCUGACCCCUUAGGCCUGAAUGCGGCAUCUGCAGAGGGCGGAGACAGUAACUUAGGUAAUGGACAGAGAAAGAGACGGAGCUCUGAUGAGCAGGCGGGGGCACCUAACAGCGUAAAACGGGCCAAGGUUGAGCCUACCACACCCAUUUCUCCCAGCACCCCGGGAGUCAAACCCUGGAGCACCGCCCCUGAUGAUAAACAAACACCAUCGGCCACGUCGGCAACACCGAGCCCCGCCCCUGCUCCUUACAAGCCAGCGAUUAUCUACUGGGAUCUGGACAUCCAGACCAACGCUGUGAUCCGUGAGCAUCCUCCUGCCAACCACUUGCCCCCCCACCCUGAGGUGGAACUUCAGAGAGCUCAGCUGGUCACCAAACUGAGACAGCACUAUCACGAGCUGUGCCACCAGAGAGAAGGUAUUGAUCCGCCCCGGGAGUCGUUUAACCGUUGGCUGCUGGAGAGAAAAGUAAUUGAUAAAGGUCUUGACCCCUUGUUGCCGAGUGACUGUGAACCCGUCAUAUCUCCGUCCAUGUUCAGAGAAGUCAUGAACGACAUUCCUAUCAGGUUGUCUCGUAUCAAGUACAAGGAAGAGGCAAGGAAGCUGUUGUUUAAAUACGCUGAAGCUGCCAAGAAGAUGAUCGACUCCAGGAACGCCAGCCCAGAGAGCAGAAAGGUGGUGAAGUGGAAUGCAGAAGACACCAUGAGUUGGCUGCGCCGGGAUCAUUCUGCCAGCAAAGAGGACUACAUGGACCGCCUGGAGCACCUGAGGCAACAGUGUGGUCCUCAUGUAACGGCUGUUGCUAAAGACUCAGUAGAGGGUAUCUGCUCUAAAAUCUACCAGCUGUCCUCAGAGUACAGUCGUCGCCUGAGACACACACACCUGAGUCUGCUGCCGGACCCACCCACAGAAGCUUGCCCAUCACCGCCACAGUCCCGCUUGGUCUACUGUUACCCGCUACGCCUGGCGCUGCCGUCUCCACCGCUGCCACGCGUGGAACUUCAUUUCGAGAAUGACGUGGCCUGCCUGCGCUUCAAAGGAGAGAUGGUCAAAGUGAACCGGGGUCAUUUUAGCAAACUGGAGUUGUUGUACAGGUACAGCUGCAUUGAUGACUCUCGCUUUGAGAAGUUCCUGUCCAGAGUGUGGUGCCUCCUCAAAAGAUACCAGGUGAUGUUUGGCAGCACCACUAAUGAGGGUACAGGCCUGCAGGGGGCACUGCCAGUGCCUGUCUUUGAGGCCUUGAAUCGACAGUUUGGGGUGUCCUUUGAGUGUUUCGCAUCGCCGCUCAACUGCUACUUUAAGCAGUUCUGCUCUGCCUUCCCCGACAGUGACUGCUACUUUGGAUCACGAGGGCCUUUCUUGUCUUUCUGUCCUGUCAGUGGCUCAUUUGAAGCUAACCCGCCCUUCUGUGAAGAAAUGAUGGAUGCCAUGGUGACACACUUUGAGGAGCUUUUGGACAAGUCCACUGAGCCUCUGUCCUUCAUAGUCUUUGUUCCUGAAUGGCGCGACCCUGUCACCCCGGCCUUGAGCCGCAUGGAGGGAAGUCGAUUCCUUCGUCAUCAGAUGAGCGUCCCGGCCUAUGAGCACGAGUAUCGCUCUGGGAGUCAACACAUCUGCAAGAGGGAGGAGAUGUACUACAGGGCGGUCCAUGGUACUGCAGUACUCUUCCUGCAGAACGAUGCCGGCUUCACGAAGUGGGGUCCGACGCCAGAGCGUCUAGCCGAACUGCUGGCCGCAUACCGCCCCUCUUCCUUACGUACGUCCUCCUCUUUAUCCUCUCCUGGCCCCGCCCACACAGCUGCAGGCGAUAGAGACUCUGCCCCCAAACCUGCUGACAGGAUGCAGAGCACGGUGAUUUCACCAGGUAGCCAUGACAACAACAACAACAACAGCAGCAGCAGCAGCAGUCCACAAGACAAGAUAGCCACUGUAUAAAGAAGGUGUGGCUUGCUUUGUGACUCCAUUCUUUCACUUUUUCCCUCACCAGCAUCUGUAGCACCCUCCGCCUUUGUCACUUACCCAUAUCGUACCCUUGUGUUGUGAUUGGUCGAAGCUCUGACAUCCGCACGUUUGGACCGUUCUGUUGCAGCAAUAAUAAACAUCCCACUUGUGACGUCACAGGAAGACCUCUCAUUGGUCCCCUCACAGACGCCGCUUGGGGAUUGGUCGAUAAGGCAGCUAUCUUCUUUGUUUGUCACCCUUUUGGACUCUCAGAACCGGUGGCUUCAGUUCCCGCCUCCUGUUCAAUUAAGCGUUAGAAAUCGGCAUGCGGAGGAGUCAGAAACACGCUUUGACAUCACAGACAACUCUUGGAGCAGCAGGAGCUGCUUCUUUGUGUGGACUUUUAAAACCUAAUCAAAUUGUUGAACAUGAAUUUAGCUGAAUACAGAACAGUUUGUGUUUUAUAUUCAUAUGUGAUGUCACACAAUAAGAUAGAUAAUGUCUUUACCCUAGAAAGAUCUUGUGACCUGUUUUCAAUUAUUGGGACAGGCUCUUCCCAAUCGAUGCCUCUGGUGUUCUUUGCUGUGAUUGGUCCCAAUCAGGCGCCUGCUGGCCGCCGUGUAGAUAUUGUACAGUGAAACUGAUCUCAAGUCUGUUGAUGUCAUUUCAACUUCCCAUCCAUGCAUUUUGUUUGAUUUAAAUUUAACAUUUUUAAAGAGACAUGUUUUCUGCAUUGUACUGUUUACAAUAAUUUCUUCUAAACUAAACCAAAGUGUUAUUAAAAAAAGUAUAUAUAUGUAUGUUCAAGUAGUAGUGUGUCUGCCUUUACACUAAUGCUGAAGUCAAUCCAGCACCUUUGCUUUCGUUGAUUUCAUACUACGUGUGUCAUGUAGGCUUCUUAGUGCAUGAAACUUUUUUCUUAAAUAUUUUCCUGCUUGAAUCUUCGCUUUUGGAGCAGAAAUCUCCUUGUUUUCAUUUCCGAUGAGUAGAGCUGAACAAUAUGCAAAACACUAUUGCCAUUAUUUGAACAAAUGGUUGAUUGUGUGUCUGUUUUAUUUUAGGUUGACUCCUGCUUCUGUGAGUAGUUGGGUUGUUUUCUUUGUUUGGAUCUUUGCUGGCUUUCAAUUUUUGUGUUAAGUUUAAAUUUUGCUAAAACAAAACAAAUCAAUGGACCUUUUCCAACCACAUUUGUAAAAGUGUCUUUUUGAUGAAUGAACACAGACUAUUACCUUAAUGUGUAAAUGAAGUUUGGAUAUGCAGGCUGUGUAAAGGGAAACAUGUAUCAUAAAACAUUUAAAAUGCUUAUCGUUUUGAGGAGAUGUCAGUUAUUUAAAUGUUAUGGAAUACAGAUGAUUGUUUUAAAUUAUAGUUCUGUAAAAGUCUGUUUAUUGUGAUUUUUAAUACCAACACAAGAAUUGCAGCUGCAAUCAGCAUCUUUUUUUGUUCAAUUUAUCCUUGCAAUUGUGAAUUCUAGCAAGCAGAACUUUUGUAAAUAUGAACAAACGCAGGCUGGAGAAUGUAAAUAUGCUCUGUUUUAUGUCUUGCCGACACACACAAUGCAGUUUCACGCUCAGUAAAGAUAUAUUCAACAUU